AUGUCGCGGCAUGUUGCUCGACAGUUAUGGGGGCUGCCGACCACCACUACGUCGAGUCUCACCGCCACCUGCACUCCAUACACACUUCCUUCCGAUGGCGUCCUCAGUUUUGCCCCUGAUAAUAUCGUCACUCUCACCGCCAACAUAGUCUUUACGCCCGCCUGUACCCCAGGCUACGAGACCCCUGGGACCAGCAGUGAUCCUUCCAGCGUCGCCGACCUCGAGAACCCCUUCUAUGCCUCGACCAUCCCUCAAACCUUUGUAGUAGCCUGCGCCACAUCACUUGCCUGGGUCCUGGUUGUUAUGCUCUUGAUCAACUCGCGAUCUUUCUCUCCUGGUUUUGGUCUCACAAACUUUGCUACUGGAAGAGGACUCAUCGGUGGCGCCACUGGUGGUACUGCUGCACCUGGCGUUGGCUCUCGACCAUGGCUCCAGAAGGUCGCAGCUCUUCUGACCGCUAUCGCUCUGACAAUCGCUACCGCAGACACGUUCAAAGUCGCUCAAGAGCAAUAUCUGGUUGGAUACAUGGACGGAGAUGCUAUGCACAGCAAAGUCGAGGGAAGCAUGGAAGUUCGUGUCACCCGUGUCAUAUCCGAUGUCUUUCUCUGGCUCGCCCAAGUACAGACCCUGAUUCGACUAUUUCCCCGACAUAAGGAAAAGGUUGUCAUCAAGUGGGUCGGGUUCGCCCUCAUCGUACUGGACACUAUCUUCUCCUGCCUCAACAGUUUCCUGGUCGACAGCUUCAACCGUCCCCGACAUUUCGUCGAUGCUAUUCCAGCUCUCAGUUAUCUGUUCGAACUCGCUGUCGGACUUCUCUACGCUGCUUGGGUUAUUUUCUACGGUCUCACCAAACGUCGCUACGCCUAUUUCCAUCGCAAGAUGAAGAGUAUCUUUAUUGUUGCUCUGCUAUCACAUAUAGCCAUACUAACCCCUGUCGCUUUCUUUAUAACAGACGUCGCUCAGCCGGAUGUCGCUGCUUGGGGUGACUACUUCCGAUGGGUUGGUGCUGCCGCUUCUAGUGUUGUUGUUUGGGAGUGGGUCGAACGUAUAGAAGCCCUGGAACGAGAUGAGAAGAAAGAUGGCAUCCUGGGUCGCGAAGUUUUCGAUGGUGACGAGAUGAUCGACAUGACUCCUGGUGACAACAUGACAUAUACGCGGAAGCCUCGAGACAACUAUCGUCCAGCCGACAGCGAUGGCUCUGCCGGCUUUACGCACAAAUCUGGCUCACAGCAGGACCCCGUCGCCAGAAGGCGGAAAGCUACUCCUCGCCGGAAUACUCAUCUCCCUCUCGGCAGAGCUCAUUCGGAGAAUCGAACAAUCACCUUUGGCACAUUGCCCCGCCCUGACACGGCUCUGACACCUAUCACCAACCAAACACCUCCGCCUCCUCGACUAUCACCACCUGACCGGAUAAACACGACCAGUGCUGCCUCUACCGUUUAUGUCAUCAACUAUGGUGAAUCCCAAGAACCGGAACCUGUACGGAGGCGAACAGAAGACAUUCCUGAGCAUCCACCACUCGACGACCUGGAAGCGCAAACAUCAAGUGCACUACGAGAGGAGAUUCGAGAUGGAGAAGGAGCCAAGCCAGCCAACUCCUCGCGUCUGCGACAAACCAGCAAUGCGCUCCGAAAUGCAGUACAGAAUCCGUUCAAGCGAAAACGUAUGAGUCCACCUGCCGAAGUCCGGGCUGCUCGACACGACAGCGACACUCCCAAUCUCCCCGCCCACUCUUACUCAAAAUGGGAUAUCAAGGGUAGACUUGGUGUGAUCGCCGCUGAACAGGGCGAGAAAUAUCGCGAGAGGAAGCAAGAAAAGGUAGACAACAUCGACCUGCCUUAUACUGUAAUUCCAGCGCCGACCAGAGGAGCGGCCGCAUGGAGUCCACAUGUACUCAAACACACCAACAGUGACACGAGCAGCAAGGAAACGCAUCCUGACUCGCAACAUAAUACCGUGCGGGACUCAAACAGCUCGCAGCAUGUGACAUGGGCCAGCUCCACAACCGCUGGUAGUCAAGGCGACAAUAAUAUUGUCCACGAUCCAGUGGACUCUCGAACAGAAGACAACGAAACUCCUCGACAAGGUCCCGUCUUGGGGUCAGCUUCACCAGCGAGGAACGAGUCGAGUUCAGACGAGGAAGCAACACAAGUCCAACAGGAUGAUGAUGAUGGGCAUAGAACGCCGAGACCCACUUAA